AGGCGGGUAAACUAUUAUCAGGAUGUUUGUUGACAUUCUAAAUAUGAACAAGGGCGUACACGCCAAUAAGCUAGAACAACUUAGGGAAAAAUAAUCAGGCAUAUGAUUUUUUGACAGGCGUAAACAUGCGCAAAGCGCACUAAUUUGUUUAGGUCCCGUCCUCUUCGGCGCACCAAAGAUAAGCGCGAAUGACGGGAGAAGCAUAGGACCGCAAACAAGUGGAAAAGGUUCCAUGCGGUAAAUACAGAUAACCGAUAUGUUUCGGUUAUCUGAAUAGGAAACAGCUGGGAAAAAAUCCCACGCUGAGAAAUUCGGAGGCAGAUAACCACGUGGUUGGUUAUCUGUGGGGAUAGGAAAGGGAGAUUGUUCUCUCCCUUAAAAAACAUGUAUAUAUAGUUUAAGUGAGGAAGAAGUAAGUCAGUUCAAUUUCAUAUUUCAAACUUUAAAGUUUAAUUUCUCAGUUCAAUUUCAUAUUUCAAACUUUAAAGAUCAAUAUUCGUUAAGGUUUAAUUCCAAAUUGUAAAGUACAAGUAAACUAAUUAACAACGUAAACUGUGCUCUCGUGAAUCAAAUCCGAAACCACCCACCAGCGUUGGCAACUAGGCGCCACGCAUCCAAGGCCAGAGCUCCUAACAAGGAAGGAGCUCAAAAUUAAAAGUAUAACCAAAACAUUCCUGUAGUGUAUAUAUAUAUCAUAGCACACAUAUACACAUAUACCGAUCACAAAUAGACUACCUUGUUUAUCAUCUUGUUUAUGUAUUCAUAUUGGUCAUAAUAAAGAACCGUUAGUUGUAUUUAUACCGACAAAGAGUGUAGACGCAUUCCGAAGUAAAUCCGAAAACGGAACAUUACAUUGGCAACGAUUGGAAAAAUCGGGUUGUGCUGUGAUCAAAUAUAACGAAGGUAAGUAAAUCGGAAUUGAAUUCACGGGAAUUGGAUUAAUUGGGAUAAUGUUUCAUUUCCUUCGUGGUUGAAAGAUGGCCAUUAAUGUGAUGUGUGAUUAUGAUAUGUGAGAAAAAAGAUGGCGUGGCAACGUUUUUUUUUGACGUAGGACUACGUCUUUCAUUUCUAUACCGGGGUGUAAAAUCAAAGUUUCGAAAACGAAAGCGUUACGCCAGAGACCGAGAUUUUGAGCGUUAAUAGCUCCUAAACAACUGAACGAAAUGGUAUGAUAAACAGUUCAUUCGAAAGAUAAAAUGUCUACGCGUUAUAUUCUUCUUACUUUUUGAUCCAAAAAUUUGUUUCAAUAGCCUUAAAAUUGCUUUCAAAACAUGCCAUUGAAAUCACCAAUCGGUAUAUAAGCGAGCGCCGCUCGGAAAUCCACUCAGUUAUAAUUGAACAGCGAUUGCAGCAUGUUGUUGCUGUUGUGGUGAAGCUAACUUCGUUCAUCAUGAAAGCGCUGAUGGACGGUAUCACCAAGAGCCUGUUUGUGCAUCUUAGGCCAGAAGGGAAUCCAUCAGGAGGAGAGUGAUGCCACUGAGAAGGCGACCAGAGAGUAUAAGCAUCUAAAAACGGCUCCGCUUGAGGCAUCGGAGCAGCCGCCAAACACACAAACACGCGCGUAAUUUUUUUCAUUUGGUUGCUGUCCAGCAUCGAGAAGAUCCCGGAAAGAUGUAAUCGUUGCUGAAAAAUAAUCUGCCAGUUCCCCUUGGAAUUGAAAAAUAUAUUCAAGCGAAAGAGUUUAUUUUAAUGUUUUCUAUCCAUAUAAUACUGCUGCGAUCGAACACAUUUGGUUUUGUGAUUUUUCAAUCAAGUGCAAUUAAUUAGCAGGAAAGCUUCUGAAGGUUAUUCUUCCCCAUCAGUAUAAUUUUUUCGUAUCCUAUAUUGGAUGCACGAGCAACGGAAAAUUUUUCGCAUCGCGAAAAUCAUAUAAUUUUCAAUCGAUUAUUGCUCACCCGCUGAAAGUUUCGAACUCAGAGAGUUCAUUUGCCUCUAAUUUGCCUUCCAAAUUGCCAAUUGUAAACCACACUUUCUCUCGAUUCAAUCACGGACAAAAAGCAUGCUUAAGCGAUAUUCUGGUAGUGAAACGCAUUCAUUUUUCGCGAGGAUAUCGACUGAACAACAUCGUUGCUGGACGAUUUGGACAAGCUGGACGGCGAGGGAUCGAGUGAUUCAUUACCUGACCUGACCUGAAACGCAUUCAGUUUGAUUCGAACUGUGAGGGAGCGCAGAAAAGCCGAACUAUCAGGAGAAGAAGAGAAGGUUACCAAGAGAGAAUUAGCAUCGAAAAUCAAAUAAUCACUAAAUCAAAAAUAGUCCUACGUCACCCUUGCGGCUAUAUCACAGAUAUAACCCACUUCCUGUUUUCGUUUUCUUAGAAAACAACAAUCGUUGGUAUUAACGUCUAUAAUAAAUUAUACUGGAAAAGUGUGAAAAGUGAGGUGCCUGGGAACAUAAUUAGUGAUUAUACUAUUGGUAGAGAUCGAUCCUUAAAAAAAAACUGAAGUGUUCAAUUAAAAUUCAAUUAAAUUAAAAUGGCGGCGGGAAAUCAGAAAUGUACAUGGCUAGUGAGAUGAGUGAAGAAGUAUUGGUGUGAUCUAGAAUAAUUUCGGAGACCCCGUUAUACAAUACACUCACAUCAUUUUUGAGCGAGAACGAGAGAGUGAGAUGUGUUGUGGGGGCAUGAUAGGAAAUAACGGUGAAAAAUAAUAAAUGUGUGUUCAGGAACCAAGCCAUAUACCGUUGGACAUUAUUGUAUAGGUGUGAAAAGAAAGCGACCCGAAGGCAUGUACAUUAGGUGUGUGUGGAAAGGCGAGUGGUGAAAGAAUAAUUCCAUAUUCCAUAGGCAUUUCCUGGAAACGGGUUUGUUAUGUGUUGGGUUAUUUAGGUAGUGGAUCAUGGCAUAUGGAAAACUGAUAUGGAUUCAUUAAGACUAAUUAAACCGUUUGAUGUUAAGGUAGAUGAGCUGGCUUUGGAGUGGAAAAAAGUGGAAGAGAGGGUUUGAAUAUUACCUGGAAGCGAACAAAAUUGUGGGACAGAGAGAAAAACGGAGCCAAUUACUGUUUUUGGGAGGUGCAGACGUGCAAGAGAUUUUCGAGAGUUUACCUGGUAUUCACGACGUUCCUCAUGUAGCCGUGGACCCACCAUUUUACGACGUAGCAAUACAGAAACUCGAUGCUCAUUUUCAAUCGAUAAAACGACGGACAUACGAACGGCAUGUUUUUCGUCAAAUCGCCCAACAGAUAGGCGAACGCUUCAGCGAUUUUGUAAUGAAGUUGCGUAUGCAGGCGAAUCGGUGUGAUUUCGAUCAGGACGGAGGAUCCAUUCGCGACAGCAUGAUAAUAGAUCAGAUUGCAGAGAAAUGUCUUUCAGCUGCACUUCGGAAAAAGAUCUUGGAGAAGGAUCGGUCGUUAAGCGAAGUUGUGGCUAUAGGGAAGACAAUAGAGGAUGUCGAACUACAGUGCAAGGAGCUAUCCUCAGUGAACAAACACGAACUUGAAGUUGUUAACAAAAUCAACACUGAAUAUUAUAAUCCGUGGAGACAGACCCCAUACCGUGGUCAACCGGGCUCGUCUUUACUUCCCCGAUCCGAUCUGCGACAACAAAACUUCCGUGUUCAACGACUACCCUACCGGCCAAACAACAGAUUCUGUUCGAGUCAGAUUCCCAUCCAAGGUCAAACUGGACAGUUUCAGUAUCGUGAAAACCAUAACCUUCGGAAAAUACAUCAGUUCGAGGACAACAGACUCUGUUUCGGAUGCGGUCAUCGAGGACAUGCCAAAGGCAGUGAGAAGUGUCGUGCCAAGGAGAUACAAUGCCUGAAGUGCGGAAUACUGGGGCAUUUUGCCAAAUGGUGCACAAAACGAUUGGCCAAUGAAUCUGGUGAAGCCAUUCCAGCGAAGAGAAUCAAAGCUAUCUACGCCGAAGGAGAACAGUGCAGCACGAAAAGCACAGCAAAUGAGAUCUGUUACGUAAUGGGACAGAACAUUUUUCAGUUCAAAGUUGGUGGAGUUCCCAUAUCCAUGGCAAUUGACUCCGGAGCCGCUGCCAAUUUGAUAGAUCUUGCCACAUGGACACAUCUCCAUGCUUCGCGAGCUAAAGUUCGUUUUAACUCUCGUGUAGAUCGGUCUUUUAAGGCAUAUGGAUCAGAUAAACCACUGAAACUGGCAGGAAAGUUUACCGCAGAAAUCGAAGCUGGAGGAAAUAUCAUGGAAGCGAUCUUCUAUGUUGUAGAAGACGGUAAGCAAUGUCUCUUAGGAGAUGAAACGGCGAAAAAACUGAAUGUCCUCAAAAUUGGUUUCGACAUCGGAAAAAUUCAAUCAACUACUUUCCCUAAGAUGAAAGGUAUUCUGAUAGAGAUUCCAAUAGACCUCAAUGUAAAGCCUGUACAGCAACCAUAUCGCCGAGUACCUUUUGCCCUCGAAGACAAAAUUGGGGAGAAACUACGUUAUUUGUUGGAACAGGACAUCAUAGAACUAGUUGAUCGACCUUCGGUUUGGGUUUCACUGAUUGUUCCGGUAGUUAAGGAUUCGGGAGAAGUUCGAUUGUGUGUCGACAUGAGGCGCGCCAACAAUGCCGUUCUGAGAGAAAUUCAUCCACUUCCCAUCAUAGAAGAACUGUUCAGCGGAAUAGAUGGGGCGACUCGGUUUUCCAAAUUGGAUAUUCAAGAAGCUUACCAUCAAGUUGAAAUUGCCGAAAGAUCCAGAGAGAUAACAACAUUCGUAAUGAAACAAGGACUUUUCAGAUAUAAACGUUUGAUGUUCGGGAUAAGCUGCGCUCCAGAGAUCUUCCAGAAGGUUAUGGAGUCUAUCGUUGCUGGUCUCGAUGGAGUGAUAGUAUAUUUAGACGACAUAAUGGUUGUUGGACGCUCUCAAGAAGAACAUGACCGGAGACUGAAAAAUUUACUCGAACGGUUCGAACAGUAUAACAUUCUCCUUAAUCAAAAGAAAUGUAUCUUUAACGUAACACGAUUGGAGUUCUUGGGGCAUGAAUUGUCCGAAAAUGGUAUUCGUCCUACUGAAAGUAAAAUCGAAGCUAUCAAAAGUUUCAGAGAACCUAGAAAUGUUCCAGAACUCCGUAGCUUUCUUGGUCUGAUUACAUAUAUUGGUCGAUUCAUACCACAUCUGGCCGACAAAACAGAAGCCUUAAGAGAUCUUUUACGAACAGGAAAUAUUUUCAAGUGGACAGAUGAACAACAAGAAGCGUUUAAUAGAAUUAAAUUGGUUGUUUGUCAAACUGAUUUUCUCGGCUACUUCAGUCCCAAAGACUUGUGUAUAGUAAUAGCCGACGCUAGCCCUACGGGAAUCGGAGCGGUCCUUUUACAGCAAAAUAGCUCACUUGAAACAAGAAUCAUCACAUUUGCUAGCAAAGCCCUUACCGAUGUAGAGAAAAAGUACUUUCAAACUGAAAAAGAAGCUCUGGCGCUAGUUUGGGCCGUCGACAAGUUCCAUUUGUACCUUCUUGGUAAACGUUUCAGGCUAGUAAAGGAUUGUAAACCAUUGCAGUUUUUAUUCAAGGAGCGCACUAAACCAAACGCAAGAAUAGAGAGAUGGGUAUUGAGACUCCAAGCUUACAGUUUUGACAUUGUAUACGAGCCAGGGGUUAAAAACUUAGCAGACGCAAUAUCGAGACUAUCCAUCGCUAAACCAAUCGAUUUUGAUGUUGCUGGUGAUGCUUGCAUAUACCAAGUGGCACGAAUGAGUGUGCCAGAAGCAAUCACUCUAGGAAAGGUUGAAGCAGAAACGCUGAGGGAUAAUACGUUACAACAAGUAAUUACUAGUUUGAACACUGGAAUAUGGAAUGACACAACUAAAACAUUCAAAGCAUUUGAAACGGAACUUUGUCAAGUAGGAAAUUUGUUAUUGCGAGGUGAUAGACUUGUACUACCAGAGUUGUUACGUCAUCAGACGCUUGAAAUAGCUCAUGAAUCGCACCCUGGAAUGGUAGUGAUGAAGAGGAGACUACGACAAAAAGUUUGGUGGCCACGGAUGGAUUCUGAAAUUGAAUCUUUUGUAAGAAAAUGUAAAGCUUGCACUCUCGUGUCAGCUCCUGAUCAGCGUACUGAGAUGCCCCUACAUCCUUGGACCCACAUUGCAGCAGACUUUCUCGGACCAUUGCCAAGCGGUCACAAUUUGCUCGUUCUCAUAGACUAUCACAGUCGGUUCACCGAAAUCAUAAUCAUGAAACAGAUUACGGCCACGUUGACUGUAAGAGCAUUACAUGAAACGUUUUGUCGUUUCGGGAUGCCGGAAUCAUUAAAAACGGAUAAUGGCCCUCAAUUCAUCAGCGCAGAGCUACAUCAAUUCUGCAAUCAGUUCGGAAUAGAACAUAGAAGGACAACUCCCUACUGGCCCCAGGCAAAUGGGGAAGUUGAGCGCAUCAAUCGAUCAAUAGGCAAAAGGCUUAAGAUAAGCCAAGAAACAGAAGGAUCAGACUGGGAAUGGGACUUGAAAAUGUUCGUUCUGAUGCAUAACUCUACUCCACAUUCAACUACUGAGGUUGCACCAUCGGCCUUAAUGUUCGGGCGGAUAUUGCGAGACAAACUUCCAGGAUUGAUGAUAAAAAAAGGAGAUACGAUUGAGGAGUAUAAAUAAACAAAAAGGAGCAGAGUAUGCAACUGAGAAAAGAAAUACUCAAUCUAGUGAUUUAUCAGUUGGUGACACUGUUCUCGCAAAACGGCCUCAAAAAGAAAACAAGCUGUCAACUCCAUUCAGUCCAGAAGAGUUGACGAUACUUGAGAAAAAGGGUUCGCAUGUAGUAUUGAAAUCAAAAGACUCUGAUCGAUCAAUACACAGGAAUACUUCCCAUCUUAAAAAGCUUUUCACGAACGGUCUGGAAGGCGCCACCUCAUCACAACAUAAUCAAGAGGAGCCUGAAGCGAGAUCUGAAACUCAAGUAAUCAUCAACGAGGAUCAAACGGCAAAAGAACCAGCGGAACGACUUCAUCGCAUCACUAAGCCACCAGCCUAUCUAGAUGACUACGAGGUUAAUCAAAUAAUUGACGUUAAACAAAUGGAGGAAUGUUGUGUCGAAUAAAAUAUAUAUCAUAGCACACAUAUACACAUAUACCGAUCACAAAUAGACUACCUUGUUUAUCAUCUUGUUUAUGUAUUCAUAUUGGUCAUAAUAAAGAACCGUUAGUUGUAUUCAUACCGACAAAGAGUGUAGACGCAUUCCGAAGUAAAUCCGAAAACGGAACAUUACAAUACCCAAAUUUUCCCAUCCGAAAGUAGUUACGAGUUUCACUCGGACGGACCAAUCUGGAGCCGUCUGAUUCUGAAACGUAUUCGUGAUUACGGGAAUUUUGGAAGGGGCUUAGCCCGUAAGAGACAAAAACAAGUCCAGGGAAAUAGGUUCCCUGGCUUAGCAAAGAUUUGACUCCCGUGAUUCUUAGGCCUCAAUUGCCGACAUCUAGGGAAAUAAGUUCCCUAGAUUAAUCACGAAGCGCUCGAGAGAGGACGAGCGAAAAGUCUUGCCUUCAUAGCAAGCAUCUAGGGAAUUUCGAUUCCUUAGAUUAUAGCAUUCGUGAAACUGAAAACGUUUUUUUAUUACAGAGUCCGUUUUUAAGACUGGCUCAGACUAUCUGAUAUCAAAGAUCUGUCAAUGUCAAAACGUUAGUCAAAAUCAACAUUUUCAUCAUGGUGAGCAACGCUUAAUAAUUAUCAAAAAAUUAUAGGAGGUUGUGUUCAAGACACGACCGCUUUGUUGACGCUGUGGUUUAAUUCAAGUCGCUUGUUUAUAACUGGGGAUAUUAUUUUAAAAUGCUACGAAAGUUUUGAAAUAACCAUUCUAACAGUUUGGUCGCCCUGAAAUGUUUUUUAUUGUAGAAUCAUUUGACGACAAUUGUUUGAUGAUUCAUUCUUGUGCUCGCAGAAUAAUACAUGCUCGAGAUAAGCGCAGCUGUCAUCCUUAGUGGAGGGAGUUUUGCUACUGGCAAGCGAAACCAAAUCACAUACAAAAUUCCAGAACGACAUUUACUUUCUUGGUGACUAAGUAAACGAAAGCUGUUAAUCUCAACAACCUCGAAGAGAGUAGUACUGUUUCAUUAUGAUCAAGAUUAGCGAAAAUAUUAUCCUAAAAUCAUAAAUGCAAUGCAGUUUUGCGAUUGGCACGCGAACCCAAAUAAAUUAAUAACUCAUUAGAACUUAUUGAAUAACUAUUUCCCAAAUAUUUUUUUAGUGCACAACCUUAACACCUGCUUCACCAUAGCGUGAAUUCAAUGCAUUGAUGACAGAAAACAAACAAUGGUAACUGCUUGGAAAAAGGCAGAGAUUCAUUACUAAUACCCUAGCGUAAAUAUUUCCCUCCUAUCUCUCCUCCUUCUUUAUAUUUAUCAUUACGUUUGCAUAAUUUGCAACACCAAACAAUCGUCAAUCAUAGCAUUGAAAAUUAGGCGAUUGUUGCUAAUGCACACGGGAGCAGAUACAAAUGGGGUUUCAGCGUAGCGAAGAUGCACUAUUUUUACGUACGGGUUAUGAAACACGCACGUACGCACACAAAUAUCGAUGGCUUGAAGCAACUCAAUAUACACACACUUAUCUUAGUUUUGCGCUCUUCUCAACAGAUGCCUUUUCUGUUAACCCUUACGCUACGAGCGUCGUCUUUAGACGGCAUGAGUGUGAUACUGCACAUCGAUCACACCAGCGCGAUGUGCAUACUUUUCGGCGCAAUGCUUUGUUCAACGGUAGCACUCCGACGGAGCACACUGCUGUAGAGUAAGGGUUAAUAUUGCCAGUCUAGAUUAGCUUGAAUGUCAUCCUUUGUGGAGAGAGUUUUCCUACUGUCAUGCGAUAUAAAACACUGAUAAAGUUCCAGAACAUUUAUUUUCUUGGUGAGCUGACGAUAGCCUAGCCUGAUGAUUCCCCACACAAUUGUGUAGCUCAGAACCUUAAUGCAAUGACGCCAGUUUGAUGCAAUGAUUGCAAUGCUAGAGACAUCAGCGAGUGAGCAUUUUGGUCGCGUCAACAGCUCAAUCUGAAACGAAGACAUGUGAUGUCGCAAAAAGGAAGAACAAGGGAUAUUCAUUGCUUUGAAUACAGAACGAAACUGAAAGUUUGCCUUUCUUCAUUGCUUGAGACUUUAAACUUCUUCAGUUCAUUCGUCUCUAACCUUCAAAAAGGUCCUUGGAAAACUAUACUUUAUCCACCAUAUUACUCCUCCACCCCCAUUGCCAUGAGAAAGGCAUUCGAUCCCUCGCCAUCCAGCUCGCCCAGCAACGAUGUUGUUUAGUCGAUUUCAUUACGUUUGGUAUGUAAAUCGUCAAAAUCCGUUCGCGGCAAAAAUAGUUAUUAACGUUAACUUUAUUUCAUAAAAGCGUGACCUGUUUUCUGAUUUGGCACCCUUAAUGAAAGACGUAUUUCUACGUCAAAAACUUUUGUAGCGCUGUUUUUUGAAAACCCCGAUAUAUGCAGUACAGAAUUACGGCAAGCUAUGGAAAAAAUAAAGUCCACAUCCAUCAUCUCCCAAACACUCAGUUCUUCAAACAUAUCUAGGGUUCCUCUUGAGGUGUCCCCAUGUUGGUCCUUUCCCGAUUCCAGUGAGAUAAAUUUAAUUAAUUUUAU